AUGUCAGUCGUAUUGCUUCUCACAGUGAGAGGCUUGGCAAUUCCUAUUACCGAUGAUCCCCGAGAUAAAGGGCUCAACAGCGGUCCGAAGAAGGAUUGGAUUUAUCGUCUGAACUGUUCGACCUCGGCCAAUGCCUUCUUUUGCCAGCAUCAUGGCGCCUACUGCUCAACACAUUUUGUCCACGGCAGCGCCUUCUGCCAGCGAGAUUGCAUAUGUAUCAUUGAUGCCACUUGUAACCGUCCAGAUUGUUCACCGGUGGAGGCUGCUGCCGAAGACUCGAUCGAUUCUGGGAACUCCCAGACUUCUUCCAUCAGCACCUCUACUGAUAUACCGGUUCCUACCCCUUUGGCCAUUUGA